AUGGAGCGCGUCCUCGCCGGCGUGUCCGUGCCGUGCCCGUUCCGGGAGCACGAGUGCACCGAGAUGAUCCCCUACGCGAGCAAGGAAGCCCACGAGGGGUCGUGCAGCUACGCCCCUUGCCACUGUCCCAUCCCCGGCUGCGCUGGCUACGCCGGCAAGUCCCUGAUCGACCACGUCCAGGUGGACCAGCCUGACGUGCGCCGCACCCGCGUCAAGCAGGGCUGCCUCACGCCGCUGAGGAUGCGCUCGUCCGAGCAGGCCCGCGUGGUGUGGCUCGACAGCAACUGCGCGGAGCUCCUGCUCGUCGCCGGCAGGGACGUGCCGGGGGGCCGGUCGCUGUCCAUCUUGGAGCUCAUUGACGAGCUAUUUUGA